CCUCUCGGUCGGCGUCGGCGUAUUUUACCGAUGGUUUCGUUUUCGUCAUCGCAUCUCCUUUUUGUCCCAGCGAAGCUUGCGCGGAAAUUUCUCUUCUUGUUGGCCCCGCGGUUUCUUGGCUUUCACGAAUUGCGAUUUUUAUUAUUAUUUUUCUCUUGUCGCGGGGUGGCACAGUGGUACCGCUAUUUUAACCUUCGUUGGCAACAAGUUGGUCCUUCCCAGCUCCGGCGCAGUGUUCCGGAGAGGUGCAAGGUUUGUAUGGCCUUCUAGUUUUGUUUUCUUUGUAGUGAGCCCACCCGUGGUUUGCAGGAUUCGUUUGCCCCUGGAGAGCUUGCAAGAUCGUUCAGUUCUUAGCUCAAUCCGUGUCGUUGGGGAACCGUUCUGAGUGAGAUCUUUAGUGGUGUCUGGGCCUAUGUGGGAGGCACAUUUGCUGGGAAUUAGGGCAAUCGACUUUUAAGUACAUUUGGUGUACGGCUGUUUGAUUAUUACUGAGAUUCAGUCAUUCGGCUGGAUGAGAGUUGUUGCUGGAGACUUACGAGUGUAGCACUGUUGUCGGCUUGUGAUUAAAUAGCAUCACUUCACAUACAGCACUGGAUAAUGGAUCGUAGGGAUACUUCAGGGUUUGUUAGUGGAGGGUGCAAAAAUAAUGAAGCCUACUGAUUUCUGUAGAUCUUCUAAAUUGGUAGCUUUGUUGACAAUUAUUUAACCCAGAAGUGAGGCCAGCUGGUACUUCCCAUAAAGCUUGGUUACUCUAGGAGCAAUGGAUCCCAGGCACGGGCGUUCAGCAUUCACUAUAAGUUUCUCAAAUCCAAAUGGCUUUGCGUAUCAGUGCACUCCCAUUCCAGCCGUCAGUUAUCCAGCAACUGGUUCUAGCCAGCUUGAUGUGCUAGCUCCUAGAGGUUGCAAGAGAAAGUGGACUGAGUUGGCCCUAGGUCUGGGUGACUCAUCAAGCUCAGACAGCAGCAAGAGGAGCAUGGGUACUGGCUGCACUGUAUCUUCUGCCAAGGGAAGCGAUGACGUCUCAUGUAUGGACUACGACAUAGGUUUUGAGCUAUCUCUCGGCAAUGAAGGUACUUCGAGGCUGUGUAAACAGGCCUGUGACUCUACAAGGACCAUGGAGAAGCCUGGGUUGGAUCUUAAGUUAUCUUUGGCUCCAUCUCAAUCUGAUGUAACUGAUGCAGAUGUAAUUAGAAGCAGUGCACCUCAGGACAUGUUUGUGCAUCAUCAGUACUUAAUGUCGUCAGCGCCAACAGUUGAUGAAGGAUCUACAUCCGCUCGACGCUUAUCUGGAGGCAUGGUGGGUUCGUUUCUUAACCAGGAUGGGAUUUCUCUGGACCAAGCGCUCCCGGUUAACCCUAAUCAGGUUCAAGUCCCAGCUCCUUCAGCACCAAAAAGUUCAGCUGCCUCUUCUUCUGGGUUUGUCCAUCCACAGCAGCGCAGCAGUAUCACAAAAAUCUGUUCGCACCCAGGCUGUGCAAAAGGAGCGAGGGGUUCAUCUGGGCGGUGCAUUGCGCACGGUGGGGGCAGAAGGUGCCAGAAAGGAGGCUGCAGCAAAGGAGCUGAGGGAAAGACCAUCUUCUGUAAAGCCCAUGGAGGGGGGAAGCGGUGUGAACACCUUGGAUGCACCAAAAGUGCGGAAGGCCGGACUGAUUUCUGCAUAGCCCAUGGCGGCGGGCGGCGCUGCAGCCAUGAAGGGUGCAAGAGGGCAGCACGAGGCAAAUCGGGCCUCUGUAUCAAGCACGGUGGUGGGAAGAGGUGCGAAAAGCCAAACUGCACAAAGAGCGCCGAAGGGCGUUCAGGCAUGUGCAUUGCCCACGGUGGCGGGCGCCGCUGCCAGUACGCUGGCUGCGGGAAGGGAGCUCAGGGCAGCACCAGUUUCUGCAAAGCCCACGGUGGCGGCAAGAGAUGCACACGCCCCGACUGUUCCAAGGGCGCAGAGGGAAGCACGGCGUUCUGCAAAGCGCACGGGGGCGGCAAGCGAUGCUCGGCUGACGGGUGCACGAAGAGCGUGCAUGGUGGGACCCAGUUCUGCGUCGCGCAUGGAGGCGGGAAGAGGUGCGUGGUGGAAGGAUGCAGGAAGAGCGCGAGAGGCCGGAGCGACCGCUGCGUCGGGCACGGCGGGGGCAAGCGGUGCCACUCCGCUGGCUGUGGGAAGAGCGCACAGGGAAGCACCGAUUUCUGCAAGUCGCACGGUGGAGGCAGGCGCUGUUGGUGGGGACAUCUCGGGUCGGGUGGCGCUCCUUGCGACCGUCUGGCGAGAGGCAGAAAGGGGCUAUGCGAUCGACACAACCCGCUGGUGGACGACAACAGCGUCCACGGGGGUGUAUCGUUUGGUGGUUUUUCCACCCUUUCUGAGGGAGGCGCCGAAACAAGCUUCUUCAUGCACACGGUGGAGGAUCCUCGCCACGUGGCGCCAUCGGCCCGUGAAGGCCGGGUGCAUGGGGGCAACUUUAUGCCUUUCAUGCUGGAUGGUGGUGUGGGACUCGGCAAGAAGCCAGCCAACAACGCUGACUCUAGUACCUCUGCCCCUCGCAGCUGCAAAAAUAUGGAGAAGCCUGGUGCCUCUGCGCAGCGCAGCUGGCUGUGAUGCCAGAAGUCCGUGGCCCGCCCGCCCUUCCCCAUCUCGGUGUGCUCUGCUCGAUUCAAGUAUCUCCCCUGCCCUCUGGUGUGGUGUGAAACUGAAAUCUAUUAUGCGUGGACUGUCGGUGUGUAGACUGGUUGGUCAGGACAUGUUUGGUAGUGUGGACGUUGUGGUUUGUUUGUGCUUUUUUGCAUCAGUCAAUCAGUCUGGUCGAACAUACCUGGUAGCAAGAGUAGUGUGUGAAUGGCCUGUAAAAGGAACCCAUCAUCAUGAUGUAUGUAUAUAUCUAAAUAAUAAAAGGAGGAAGGCUGCAUCAGUCGGUGUAAUUAAUCGAA